ACACAGCGUCUGCCAAAGUGCUGCCUGUGCACAUCUACGUGUUGGUGGAUGUGGAUACGUUGAUGCGCAGUGUGUUCGCGUCGCAAUGACCUCCCCGCUCGGGCCAGUAGUGAUGGGAGUGGCCGUUCAACCUGGCAGCCAGUGAGCGGAAGAUUUGUAAUCUGCUGUCACAGACCCGCCGCGCCGUCGGCUCCUGCGGGUGAGCAGCCGCCACAGAGUCAGUGAGGCGACACUGCGGGGAUGGUCCCGCACGGAGUCUCCACCAUGAGCCGCUCUCAGAGGCGCCCGAUCCGCACUUGACGCACCCGCGUGAAGUUGCCGCGGCUCCGCCGCAGACGCGCUCGGUGACAUCUUGCCCGCGCUCCAGUCGCCGAGAGCGCGUCUUGAAGGACGAAUGUCACCGGCUCCCCUCAUGGUCUCCUCCCGCUGAGGCACCGCAGCUUCCUCAUGGCGUCCCCGCAGCAGUCAAGGAUCCAGUCGUAUCUGGAGAGGAAUAAAAUCGGACCCCUGUUUGAGGAGUUGAUGACCAAAUUGAUAACUGAGACUCCAGACCAUCCAAUCCCUUUUCUCAUUGAUCAUCUGCAGACCAAGCAGGACAGCAGCCCCGGCAAGCUGCACAGAGCUCUCUCUGGCUCCGCUGCGCUGUGGGCCCAGAGCUCCCCAGAAACCAAAAACACUCGAAGGGAGCACAGCAACUAUGAGAAGCCAUGGCAAAUUCAUCCAAAGAAACCCAAGAAGUCAAAGAGCGACCUCGCUGUUUCCAGCAUCUCCCCUCCUUCACCCGAAUCCAAAUCCUUGCCGCGGUCCGUCGAGUGCCCGUCCUGGGACUGGAGGGAGAGCCGGGACUUCGACGAGCUCAACCACAUUCUGCAGGAGAGCAAGAAGCUGGGCAAGGCCCUGGAGAGCCUGUCGCGCAGCAUUGCCGUCUCUGAUGAGCUCGACCAGAACCUGGGCGGCUCGGUGCUGCGGCCGCGGGUGGUGGGCGAGUGGGCGGGUCGGGAGGAAGAGGACGCAGACCCCCUGGCGGCCGAGAUGCUGCGCCCGCCCGUCCCCCGGGCCAAAGCCCACGCGUGCUGGAGCGGAGGCAACAGCCCCGCCGGGAGUAUGAAGAUGGAAGCGAAAGGCAGAGGCUUGAAGGAGCAGCAGCGGCAUCAUAAGAAGCUCCUGGCGGCCAUGUUGUCCCAGGACUCCUUCGAUUCAGUCCACAGUCCAACCCCCUCCAUCGCCGAGGAGGAGAUGGAGGACGAGGACGAUGCCAUGGAGCUUCUGGAGGACCUGGAUGACCUGCGCAUGGAGGGCGUGACGGGCUUGGCUCUGUCCGGCAGCAAGUUCAGCCAGGGCCGCAGCUCCUACCAGCCUGAGCCGCAGGCCAAAGUGACGCUCAACAUCUGCUCCAGGUGUGCCAGGCUGCAGGGGGACAGUCUGUCGGACAACCGGUCGGAGGAGGACAACCGGUCUCAUGUCUCGGAGCAGGCCGUACCUGACAUCUCCUCUCCCUUGCCGGGGGUGGACACGGUGUCAGGACGGCUGCAGGAAUGCGAGUCCCUGUCUCAAGUGUCGAGCUCGCGUCAGGCUGUCUGGGAGGCUGAUCUGAAGGCUCUAAGAGGUGGGAGCUCUGUCGGGCAGACGGGCCUGCUACUGGGCGACUCCCUCUUUUCUAAAGAGCUGGAGAACAUGGGCAAACAGCUCGCUGAGGUGGAAAAGGACCUGGCCAAACUUGCAGAAGUGGGUAAGAUGACCACCCGCUCCAACAAUCCACACAGUAGUCUCCUCCACAACCCUCUGCGCCACCGGACGCUGCCCGACACGCUUCCCCUCGCAAGCCUGAUCUCCAGGCCCCAGUCUCCGGGCGGCAGCCUCUCAGGCAAACCCUGCGGCGUGGGCCUCCCUCUGCUCAGCCCCAAGUCCACCUCGCUGGCCAUGGGUCGAACCCAGUCCCCCAGCAACCCUGGGAGCAGAACGCAGACCCCCAGAACCCCCAACAGGCCCUUGACCCCGAAUAGUUUGCUCACACGCUCAAACUUCAACCCUGGAUCCCAUAAAGAGGUGACCUUCAGGAGGUCACGGAGCCGCCCUGUAACGCCCACAAGUCAGCCCAUGCAUCCGCGACCGCUGCUCACCCCGCCGGGACUCAGCACUACAGACAGCCUUGGUGCCAGCCUACGGGCCUAUCUGUCCGAGGACGAGUUUUACCAGCAGCUACAGGCCAUUAGACAACCCUGGCAUAUUCCCAGCGACACAGACAGUGACAUCCUGGAGCCUCCUGAACAGGAUAAGAGUGGAGCCCGAGAUGCCAGUAAGAGAUCUUUGUUUUCAGGCCUUUAGUGAUGAAGCCCAGAGACACUGAUCCAAUCAAAUGAUUAUGCAAACCACUAGACAUUUUGAAUAUGUGUAAAAAGAUGAUUAUUUUUAUAAUUCAUAUGAAAUAAAAAAAAAAUGUUGUAUACUUUUUUCACAGAUAUUUCAUAGCCAUUGUACUGUAACGGUAUGAUACAAUGUGAGAACAUUACUUCAGAGUAUGGGAUAUAAUUUAUUUUGGUUUGCUCUACACUGUAGCAUGCUAUCGGACCUCGGACCUAGAGCCAGAUGCAUUUUGUUGACAGACUUUUUCUAGGCCUAGUGCACAUUCACAUUGUGAAGGCAGCACACGCACGGUAAGCAAAUGUUUAAUGGUAUGCACUGUUAUAACACGUGGUGUUUUAAUAUAACAAAUGUCAAGUACACAAGCUGUGGAGGGUGGACAAGGAAUGCUGUAAUGUUAAUUAAAAUCAUUUGUUGCACACA